CACACAGCUCUUAUAGUGUACUUUGCCCGUCUUCAGAUGUUCGCUCUACAGGAGCAAAUUUUAGUGGAAGAUCAUGAGCGACAGGGCUUUUGAUGUUGUUGUGGUCGGCUCUUGCAUGACUGACUUGGUGAGCCAGGCACCAAGGCUACCGAAAGCAGGAGAAACUAUCCAUGGUCACAAGUUCUUCAUUGGCUUUGGAGGAAAAGGAGCCAACCAGUGCAUUCAGGCAGCUAGACUGGGGGUGAAAACUGCCAUGAUCUGCAAGGUUGGGAAAGACUUCUUUGGAGACAAUUAUAUCCAGAAUUUCAAGGACAAUGAUGUACACACAGACUUUGUUUGGCAGACUUCAGAUGCAGCCACAGGAGCUGCUUCAAUCACCGUCAACGAUGCAGGUGAAAAUGCCAUUGUAAUUGUGGCCGGUGCCAACAUGCUGUUGGGCGAAGAGGAGCUGCAGCAAGCUCUUCCUGCAAUCAGAAAAGCUAAAGUUUUGGUGUGUCAGCUGGAGAUCAGUUCGCAGACUUCCCUCCAGGCUCUGCAAAUGGCUCAUGACAAUGAAGUAAGGACGAUCUUCAACCCAGCGCCAGCCGUUGCUGACUUGGAUUUCGGUUUCUACAGGGUCUCUGAUGUGUUUUGCUGUAAUGAGUCUGAGGCAAAGCUGCUGACCGGCUAUGUGGUGAAUAAUGUGGAGGAUGCUCAUCACGCCGCUCAGGAGCUUCUGAGGCGAGGCUGCACGGCAGUCAUCAUCACUUUGGGACCCCAAGGCUGUGUGGUGCUUAAGGCACAGGAUAAAACUUCGACACAUGUACCAUCUACUGCGGUCAAAGCAGUGGACACAACAGGAGCUGGUGACAGCUUCAUCGGAGCACUGGCGUUUUACCUGGCUCACCACCCUGACAUGCCUCUGGAAGAGAUGGCACGCAGAGCCAAUCAGGUGGCAGCGGUGAGCGUGCAGGCCGUCGGCACCCAGACAUCAUUCCCGUUCAAGCGGGACCUGCCGGCCGAUUUGUUCUGAGACUUUUCUCUAACUGAACCCCGUCUUAAUUGACUGAAGCAUCUGAACUCACAGCUACGCUAAGAAACUCAAAACAAUGUAUUUAGUGGACAUAAUUUAUUGAAUGAACCCAAACUGACUAAAUUUUACACAUAGUUGAAAAUAACAAUUUGACAUAUUUGAUACAAUAGGAUGCUUGUUGUUGGUCCUUUCUUCUUCCUGUUGAACUCCUCCAUGUCUUGAUCAAUCCUUGAGAUCUUCCAUUAAACAGCAGCCAAUCAGAAUCCGCUUCCAGCUAAUGCUCUGUAUAAUCCACGUAAAUAAAACUGUCUGUUCAUAACAUGUCCAUGUUCAUUGUUGUAUUAAAUCGAUCUGAUCUUCCUCUUCUCAAA